AUGUUUAAUUACUAUCCGAAGAACUUUAAAGCCAAUGGCUGGGGUUGGCAUCGGGCUGCCAACGCUUCUAAUGCUGUGAAAGGCUUUCUUAGUGGAGAACGUGGAGAAGGAACCGAACCUCUGCUGGAAAGUACAAGUCUCUACCCGAAGCUGCCGACUGAAGAAGAUACGAUGUUUAGUACCAGCAUGAGGCUGUAUCCUGCUCUUCCCGCUGAAGAGUACGAAAGUGGAGCAGUGGAAGAAGUCAUCGAGGAAGCUUGUUCUGCCGUCAAUGUCAACGCAGUUCUCGGUGAGACCCGUCCAUCAAACUUUGGUCCGUCUACGUAUCAAGACUUCAAGGAGAUCAGGGCUCGUUGCUACUCCGAAGGCAGGUUGUUCGAGGACCCGGAGUUCCCAGCCAAUGACCGCAGUCUUUACUAUAAGGAGAGACUCGAUAGACCAAUCACUUGGCUACGUCCUAAGGAGAUUUGCGAUGACCCGCAACUGUUCGUGGAGGGCUACAGUCGUUUCGACGUCCAGCAGGGAGAGCUCGGCGACUGCUGGCUGCUGGCCGCCGUCGCCAACCUCACGCUGCAUAGAAAAUUGUACUUCCAAGUGGUGCCAGAUGACCAGAGCUUUGACGAGGAGUAUGCUGGAGUCUUCCAUUUCCGUUUCUGGCAGUACGGUCGUUGGGUGGACGUGGUGAUAGACGACCGGCUCCCCACGUACCGUGGCAAGCUCGUCUUCCUUCACUCUUCCGAACAAAAUGAGUUCUGGAGUGCACUGCUUGAGAAGGCAUAUGCCAAAUUGCACGGUUCUUACGAAGCUCUAAAGGGUGGUUCGACAUGCGAGGCCAUGGAGGACUUCACCGGAGGAGUGACGGAGAUGUACGAUAUAGCGGAGUUACCUCCCAACUUCUACACCAUACUGCUCAAAGCGUACGAGAGGAACUCACUCAGCGGGUGCAGUAUUGAGCCUGACCCCAACAUCUUGGAGGCGGAGACCCCCGCCGGCCUGAUCCGCGGCCACGCGUACUCCAUAACGAAGGUGAAGUACGUGGACAUCGAGACCCCCGGCCGCAGCGGGAAGAUACCACUGCUGCGACUGCGGAACCCGUGGGGGAAUGAGGCCGAGUGGAAUGGACCUUGGAGCGAUAAGUCACCAGAAUGGCGAUUCAUCCCGGAAUCUGAGAAGGAGGAGAUGGGACUCACAUUCGAUGAUGACGGAGAGUUCUGGAUGUCCUUCAAGGACUUCGUUAACCAUUUCUCGAGAGUGGAGAUCUGUAACUUGAACCCUGACUCCUUGGACCCCGAGGAAUGUCCCGAAGGAUGCACCAAGAAGUGGGAGAUGUCCGUCUUCGAGGGAGAGUGGGUUCGAGGUGUGACGGCGGGAGGGUGCAGGAACUACCUGGAGACAUUCUGGAAGAACCCGCAGUAUACCGUCACUCUACACGACGUCGACGAGGGAGACGAGGAGAACAAGUGCACUAUCAUCGUGGCUCUGAUGCAGAAGAACCGUCGUUCCCAGCGGCACCAGGGCCUGGAGUGCCUGACGAUCGGGUUCGCGGUGUAUCGCCUGCCCGACUACGGGCACGUGCCCAAACCACUCGACGUCAACUUCUUCAAGUACAACGCGUCCGUCGGACGCAGCCAGGCCUUCAUCAAUCUACGAGAAGUUAGCGCUAGGUUCAAGUUGGAUCCAGGCAGUUACGUGAUAGUUCCGUCCACCUUCGAUCCUGAUGAAGAAGGAGAAUUUCUUCUUCGAGUCUUCUCUGAGAAGUCCAAUAACAUGGCAGAAAAUGACGAGGACAUCGGUAUGGGAGAUGUAGAUGAUCGGGUGAAGGAGAUAGCCCCGAACCCCGAGCCCGCAGACCCAGUCCGCGAGCUGUUCACGAAGCUGGCCGGCGCCGACGGCGAGGUGGACUGGCAGGAACUCAAGGAGAUACUCGACUACGCCAUGCGGGAAGAGCUGAAGGGCCAAGGGUUCUCAAAGGACGUAUGUCGCAGUAUGGUCGCUAUGUUGGACAAGGACGGCUCAGGUGGACUCGGCUUUGAUGAGUUCAAGACUUUGUGGAUUGAUCUACGUAAUUGGCGGGCGGUGUUCCGUCUGUACGACACGGAGGGCCGCGGCGCGCUGCCCCCGCAGCACCUGCGCGACGCGCUGCACUCCGCCGGGUACACCGUCAACGCACACGUACUCAACGUACUCGCGCACAGAUACAGCUCACAAGACGGAUACAUUCAGUUCGACGAUUUCAUAAUGUGCUCCGUGCGAUUGAAGACUAUGAUCGCUAACAACGAGCCGCUAGAGAAUCUCGAGCGCGAGCUGCAGUGGAACAAGUGA